AUGCAGCGGGAACACGCCCGUCGUGGUUUCUCUAUAUACGUUCACCAAAAGGUUGUUCUAGAGAUUGAUUUCUCUGGAAGCCUAUGGGGUUACACGGAGAUCACGAUAGUCCCGAGUAGCAAAGACCUCAAGACUCUUCAUCUGCAUUCAAGACAAUGCACCAUUCAUUCUGUUAGAGUGGGAUCACACGCCGCCGACUUUGUCUUCCACGAUCCUCUGGCGAACCUCAGUAUUUCCAGUCCUCAAGACUGUCACACUCAUCCUGAACUCAAACGCAGAGUAUACUCCGCUCUGGCUGAAAGCGAUGAGGGAGAGUUGUCGAUUGCCAUACCCAAAGAGGUCUCGCUGAGGCAAGCGGGCCAUGCUGUUACUGGCAUCGUCAGUGAAGCUGCAACCCCGGAGCCCCAGACUCCUGGUCCCAUGGCGGCACCUGCCCUUCCUGUGCCAGAAUUUGCGCCGAUUACUGUCACCAUCGAGUACAGCAUCCGGAACCCUGCAGAUGGAAUUCAGUUCAUUCUGCCCUCGGAUGCGUAUCCAUAUCGCGUGCCACACGUGUAUACCACUCCUUCAUCCCCGGAUGCAGCCCGAUGCUGGGUACCGUGCCUUGAUAACCUAUGGGAGAAGUGUAUGUGGGAUUUCGAGUUCAUUGUCCCCCGGCAUCUCGAACAGCGGGAUGCGCCGCUCGACGAGGAUGACGAACUUCCGGAGGGAGAAAACCCCACGGUAGUUGUAUGCAGCGGCGAGUUCAUGGAACAGGUCGCACAUCCGUACAAUUCGGGCAAGACGAUCUUCCUUUACUCCCAAAGGCAGCUUACGUCCGUGCAGCAUAUCGCUUUCGCCGCUGGACCUUUCCAUGUCCACCCCAUUCCUGCUGACUUGAGCUCAGCGGAAGACGCGUCGGGCACGUCACAGCCGGUCAUGCAUGCGUUCUGUCUUCCUGGACACGAAGCUCUACUAGCCUCGUCCGUCUCAUUCAUGCGCUCCGCUAUGAGCUUCUACUCUACAGAGUUUGGCUCUUAUCCGUUCAUGUCCCACAAGCUCGUAUUCGUGGACGAGAUGCCAACCCAGCGGUUCGACAGUGCAACACUCUCCCUGGUCACAGUGGAUCUUCUCCACGGAGAGGACGCCAUUGACCAGGUAUUUGAGACUCGCCACUGUCUCAGCCAUGCGCUCGCGUGUCAAUGGAUGGGCAUUGAUAUUCAGCAGAAGACAUGGUCGGAUACAUGGCUCGUUAACGGCCUUGGACUAUACAUCACAGGGCUGUUCAUCCGGAAAUUGCUGGGAAACAACGAGUACCGCUUCCGGCUGAAGAAGGAUAUGGAACGCGUGCUAGAAUCGGACAAUGGGUCGAUGCCGCCUAUAUGCCAGCCUCAGGUGCUGGACCCUCCGGACUCUGCGACUUUGCCGUUCAUCAACUUGAAGGCGCCACUUGUCUUGCACAUCCUGGAUCGCCGGCUGGGCAAGUCGGGCACAUCUCUUGGCCUCUCACGUGUGCUCCCUAAAGUCUUCUUGUCCGCGAUCAGCGGUGAGAUGCUGAACAAUGCCAUCUCGACGCACUCGUUCCUGCGGACAUGCAGGAAGGUGAGUGGGAUCGACCCGCGCUCGUUCGCAGAGCAGUGGAUCUACGGCAGCGGGUGCCCGACAUUUGGCUUCUCGGCGUCAUUCAACCGGAAGAAGAUGGCGGUGGAGAUUUCGAUGCGGCAGGAGGCCCCGGCGUUCAAGGCGCAUGAGAAUAACGAGAUCUCCAAGGCACUCAUGAAGCCGGUCCCGUUCUUCGAGGGUCAAAUGACGAUCCGGAUCCAUGAGGCAGACGGAACACCAUAUGAGCAUGUCCUCGAUAUCAGAAGUCCAUUCAAGCGUUAUGAAGUACCAUUCAACACAAAGUACAAGCGCGUACGGCGGAACACGAAACGAUACCUUGCUCGUCAGGCGGCGGCGCAAGCAGCUGCGGAAGGUGACGCAGAGGCCGCUGCUGCUAUGGACAUGGUAGAUAUGGGGUUUGGCCUGGAGAUAUGGGAGAACGAAAAAGAACGCGAGAACUGGAAGGUCGCGGACUGGACGGAGGAGGAUGAGCAGAACAUGGCGGGGCAGACGUACGAGUGGAUACGCAUAGACGCUGAUUUCGAGUGGAUCGCGGCAAUCGCGUUCGACCAGAAGGACUACAUGUGGGUAUCGCAACUACAGCGAGAUCGGGAUGUUGUAGCGCAAUAUGAGGCAAUCCUUGUACUAUCAAAGGUACCGAACCCCAUCAUUUCGAGUACGUUGACGAAGACGGUGCUGGUAUCGAACUACUAUUUCCGGAUCCGCUGUGAGGCAGCACAAGCCCUGGUGACUUGUGCAAUCCAACGGCUGGAAUGGCUAGGGCUAUUUCACCUAUUCAAGCUGUUCCUCCGUUACUGUUAUGAACCCGAAGAUCCGCGUCAAGACUUGUUCAGCCACACAUAUGUACCAAGACCAAACGAGUUCAGCGACCUUGCGGAGUACUUCGUUCGCAAGAGUCUACUCCGUGCGAUCGCUCGCGUUCGCUUCGACAAUGGCAAGACCCCGUCUGUCAUCCGACAGUUCCUAGUGGAUCAGCUCCGCUAUAACGACAACACCACUAAUCCUUAUUCGGACGCAUUCUAUAUUUGCUCUAUAAUCUCUGCGCUCGCAUGCGCGACCAUCUCCACUGUUCCGCCUGAGCGCGGCGAAUUCACCGCGACAGAUUCACAGCCUGUUCAAGAUGUCCAAGAUGCCGAUCUUCUCAAACAAGCAUUGGCCGAAGUCGACAGAUACCGCAGUAUGGACAGGCUGAUCCCAACGUAUCACAAUGUCGUGACCGUGGCGGUUAUCGAGUUUCACCUUAUGCUUAGCGUUGCUAACCUCGUUCCUCACGACCCUCGGCUGUUCUUCCCGCUCACUCGAGAGGGCAACUACACUCAAGUUCGUAUGGCCGCCUUUGACUACCUCUUCUUCACCAAGUGGUACACACCGAAGAUCAUGCGUUACGUCCUCGCUGUCAUUCUCGCUCUCCUGGUAACGAUGGGAGAGAUGAGGACACUCAAAGAGAACGACUCCGUACUCAUUGAGGAGGAUGGCACGAUAGCCGAUAAGACGAAGGAGAACAAGAAGAGCGAUAUGGACAUGAUGAUCAAGGCACUCAGGAAGGACAGAGAGCUCGGUAAGAACGAGAUUAUACGCGAGUUCCUGAUGCCCAUCGCUCUUGCACCAGAGACGGACUAUGAAGUGCGCUGGUCCCUCUUGAAAUUGGCCGACCUUUUGAUUCGUGGAACGGAAGAAGCUCCUCCCAAAGUCACAAUACAUCUUCCUCCGACACCCGUGGUUGAGGCUCCUCCCCCUCUUCCAUCUGUUAAGGUUCCACUUAAGAGCAGACCCUCAUUCAAGAGUGGCGUCCCCCCUACUCGGACACCUUCUACCCCCUUUCCACCUAAGCUCAAGUUGCCUCCCAGUAGCUCUCAGACGGAUGUCUCCGUCAGGACACCAAGCGCUUUGACACCCGCAGCUGACAAGCUCGAUGUGUUCGUGGUUCCUAAACCGCCGGUACCUAAGCGUCCGAUCCCGGAGAAAGAGAGGGAGAAGGAAAAGGAAAAGGAGAAGAAGCAGCAAAAGAAUGUUCCAAAGGCACAAUCCAGUGGGAUGAGCUUAAACGAUCUUCGAGCAAGUCGAAAUGCGCUGAAGAAGCUUCAGACCCACAAGCAUGCGGCAAUCUUCUUGCAACCUGUUGAUCCAGUACGGGAUCGAGCACCCAACUACUUCGACGUCAUCAAGCACCCGAUGGAUCUCAGUACCAUGAGUGCCAAGUUAGAACAGGGCAAGUACAAGGAUCGCUUCGACUUCGAGGGCGACUUCCGCCUCAUGGUGAGCAACGCGAAGUCGUACAAUCCACCCGGUAGCUUCGCACACAAUGAGACGCUAGCGCUAGAAACGUUCUUCGAGAAACAAUGGGUACGCAUCAACAAGACACUCGAAGCCGCCGACAGAACUGUACAGUCUCGAGCCCCUCCGCCACCGUCCGCACCGCCUGCGAGAGCGGCGCCAGUCCGGCCAACGCCGCUUCCUCCUGCGCCGGCCCCUAUCCCGAGCACUCCCAUGCCUUCAGCUGUGGCUGCUCGGCCUUCUAUCAAGUUGAAGGUCGGCGGAGCGUCACAGGAUAUCUCUGCUGCUCCUGCUAAACAGGCCCCCAAACCUAAGGGGAAGAAGGUCCAGGAACGAGCUCCCUCCAGAGUUCUGUCUCCUGUAACUGCUCCCGAGUACAUUGAUGAUGGCUCAGCCGACUUACUGGAAGAGGUGAUUGCUAUCGAGCGAGAGAAAGACGAGGAACGUAAGCAGAAGAUUACCCCGACGAACUCCGAGAAAGGCAAGGACAAGGAGAAACACGUACCGAAAUUGGUCAUCGGCAAGCGGAAGAAGAUUGCAGAUGAGCCUGAGGAGGACGAGAUUCUGGCUCUAGCAAAACCUCCGAAGAGAGAAAAGCCUACGCCGUCCCCUCCUGCAGCAGGACCUUCUGCUGCGGCUCCUACUGCCCCUCAGAAUGGUGUCGGUGGACCGUCAACACUUCGGAAUGGAACUGUGUCCUCCAAGAGCAAGCAGAAGGCUCCUAAGCCUACCCCGGUUCCGGAGCCCCCAUCCGAACCAUCUCGUCCGUCAGCCAAGGGAAAGGAGAAAGAGGUAUCCCCUCCUACUGCUACACCGUCCAAGGCGAAAAAGGCGCCUGCAGAGGUUACACCUAUCAAUGAAAAGAAAUGUAGGGAAAUUCUCAAGACUCUGACAAAACUUUCCGAUGCCCGCAUUUUCUUGAAGCCUGUGGAUCCUAUUUUGGACGGUUGCCCGACAUAUUACGACGAGAUAAAAGAGCCGAUGGACUUCCAGACGCUAUCAACGAAACUAAGUGAGGGGCAGUAUGCGACGAUGGAGGAAUUCGCCAAAGACGUCGAAUUGAUCUUCAAAAACUGCCGUAUUUUCAAUCCUCCCACAACGUAUCCUGAUCAGUGUUGUAACGCGCUCGAGCGCGCAUGGAAGAAGGAAUGGGCGAAGGCGAUGGAGAAGCGACUGGCUUGGAAUGAGAAACGCAGCUUGCAAAGUAUCAUGAACAGGUUGGUUGCUGAUCCCGUAUCAUUCGUCUUCCGAGAACCUGUCGACCCGAUUGUGCUCGGAGUGCCGACUUAUUUCGAUGUGAUCCCUCGCAGGGAUGCUCGGGACCUGCGCACCAUACGACAGAAACUCGACGCCGACAAGUACGACACGAUCGAGGCAUGGGAGGCCGAUAUGGAACUCAUGAUCCAUAACGCCAAACUCUUCAACGGUGCAGAUUCCGAAGUCGGCCAGGUAGCCGUCGUCGUGAGGAGCAAGUACAGGGAGAUGCUAUCGGGCAUCAGGUCAUCAACGACUAAACGGAAGGGGAGCGAGAAAGCUACCCCACAACCUGCCAAGAAGGCGAAGUUAGGUUAA